GCCACCAAACAGGGAGUUGUCUACCUUUGUAUAUCUUGAUUCUUCGAAUGUAUACUAACAGCGAUUAACAAUUUAUCCUGAAAGCAUAUUGGAGACUUUGAUCUCUAUGGCUAAAAGGAGUGUGCAAGAUUUGAGUGACAGGUAUAAAAAUGAGAAGCAUUCAGCACUGCCUAAACUUCGUGUAGCAGACAGAUCAAAUCAGGCAUCAUGCUCUGCAACAAUUUCAACAGCUCUUUUGACAUCUUCUUGCUCAGAAGAAGAUGCUUUCUCACUCUCUGUUUCUAAGCCCAUCACAUUUCAGAAUUGUGAUUCAUCAUCGAUCAUACUCAAAGGAGAAAAGCAGUUCAGUAUCAAAGAAACUACAUCUAAGGAAAUUGCAGUGACAACUUCUGUGGAACUGCUCCACAAAAAUGACAUUCCAAAAGAAAUCCUACCCCAGGCUAAAUUAUCAGAGAGGCUGAAUCGCAAUUUUUACAGUGUUCCUUGCCAACAACUUGCCAUGGCUCUUCUGGGGAAAAGAAUUGUGCGAAUGGUCAAUGGGAUUCGAAUAGCUGCCCGCAUUGUGGAAACAGAAGCAUAUCUGGGAGCAGUGGACAAAGCAGCUCACUCGUACAAGGGUCAGACUGACCGUAAUAAAGCAAUGUUCAUGCAGCCUGGCACAGCCUAUGUGUACAAUAUCUAUGGCAUAUACUGCUGCAUAAAUAUAUCCAGUCAAGGAGAGGGAGCCGCCGUGUUGAUUCGAAGCGUGGAGCCAGUGGAAGGCACGGAGAAGAUGCUGGAACUGAGAGGGAGCAAGUCUUCGUCCAAGAAGACGUUAAAGGCUAGAGACCUGGGAAAUGGACCGUCCAAACUGUGCCAGUCUCUGGCCAUCACCAAAGCCAGCAUCAACCAGAGGGAUCUGGUUACAGACGAUUGCAUCUGGAUAGAAGCAGACGAGCCGAUUCCAGAGGAACAGGUCGUGGUCACAGCGCGCAUUAACAUAGGGUACGCUGAGGAGUGGACAGACAAGCCCCUGAGGUACUAUGUUCUCCACAAUGCCCACGUCAGCGUCAGGGACAAAAAGGCAGAGCAAGGGCUGGCGUCAUCUGGUAUUACAAGCAGUUACUUUGAGAACAAUUAAAGGCCUGGUCUAGUAAAA